AUGGCAGCUAAAGCUUUGUUUCCAACGCUCUACGAUGCGGAGACCAAAACCUGGAGUGGCAUCAGAAGGCGUCCAUACUAUGAUCCCGACUGCUCCGUGGGUGAAGUAUUCUACACAGCCCUAAGGAAUUGGCCCAAUCAAGUUGUCCAGAUCAACGAUUCGGACGGCAGGAAAGUGACCAAUGCGGAAAUCUCCCAAUGGGGCACACGCUUGGCUCUAUACCUGAGGCAGGAGAAGCUGACUCAAGAGGAUGUCGUUGGCAUCAUUGGCAACUCCAGCACCUAUGUGGGGCCCCUGGUCGUGGCCUGCUUCUUCAAUGCAACGCCAUUCCAUGCGGUGAAUGCCACGCGAGAUGCCCCCACCGUGGCUACCCUCUUUCUGGUGACAAAGCCAAAGAUCAUUUUCUGCGAUGGAUCCGACUAUGAGCGCAUUAAAGAAGUCACUAAGGAUUGGGCGCCCAAAAUUAUAACCCUGACAGGUCGAGUAGAGGGCGUUCGCUUUAUUGAGGAUCUGCUGCAGCCCGUAGCUGGCGAGCACUUAUUUCAACCCGCUUCAUUAAAUAAGAAUGGCGAUCAGACGGCCCUCAUUUUGUGCUCAUCGGGAACCUCGGGUCUGCCCAAGGCGGUGGCUCUAUCCCACAAGCAUGUUACCAAAAUAGCCCCAUUUUGCAAAAGCACAGACCUGCUGUUGACGCAUGCGACUGUCGAUUGGGCGACGGGAUUCAUCGCCAUCGCAAUUGGAUUACUCUAUGGGGUGCCACGCGUAUUAUUCGAUGGGGGCUUCAAUGCAGAGAAGUUCAUUGGGAUGAUACAGAAGUAUAAGGCCACCACGCUUGUGCUGGCACCCUGGCAGGCCUAUGAGGUAUUCACCAAUCCGCUGGCCACAGAAGAGUCCUUGGACUCUAUAAGAUUUUCCUUUAUCACCGGUGGCUGGAUCUCGAUGCAGGUGCUGCAGCGAGCGCAGAGCCUCAUGAAGAAAUCCAUUGUGGCCUUCUCUUACGGUACCACCGAAACGGGUGCUAUAACGGUCAAUAUUGAUCACAGCCUGGACAGUUCAGUGGGCCGAAUCUUUCCGGGUAUGCGCAUCAGGAUUAUCGAUGAGCAUGGCAACAAACUGGCCCACAAUGAGGUCGGCGAGGUGCUCAUUGACAUUGGCUCCAACUGGCUGGGCUAUGUGGCCAAUCCCGUGGACACGGAGGCCACACUGCAGAAUGGUUGGAUCAAUCUCGGCGAUCUAGGCUACUUUGACAGUAACAACAAUCUUUACCUCGUGGAUCGCAAGAAGGAUCUGCUCAAAUACAAGUCCAAACACUAUUGGCCCAAUGAGCUCGAACAAAUAAUCGCCGAGCUGCCCGAUGUUCUACAUGUCUGUGUGGUGGGUGUGCGGGAUAUUAGAAAUGGUGAUGCAGCUGGCGCCCUGGUCAUCAAAAAGUCCGGCUCGCCGCUUACCGAGCAGCAGGUCAUUGAACAUGUCGCCCAGCGUGUUGUCGUUGACUACAAGCAGCUCCAUUCCGGGGUACAGUUUGUAGAUGUGAUACCAAGGAACCAGAAUGGUAAGCUCAUGAGAAGUCUGGCCAGGGAGGAGUUUGAGGCGCGCAUGAAGUAA